AUGGCAAGCUAUAGCAGCCAGCCUAAGGCAUCAGACUUUGGUGGAGGAGGUGCAGAAGCGCGACCCAGCUGCAGCCACUUUGAUGAGGCUGAUUCUACCUGCACCAAAGCCUGCAUGUACGACCUCCAAGGCCGCCCCCGAGAAGCCAAAAUCGGUGUCACCCUUGCCCCCAAAGCCACGAGAGCUCCGGCCGGGCUUCUCGUCACCGGUCAAACGGACCUCCCCAUACCGCUCGUCGCUGUCGCUUCGCUCCCGGCCGCGGGAGAGCAGUCGUCGCCACAGGCAUCGGCGCCACUCAGACCGGCGGCGGUCCAGAUCAAGGCGGGCGCGGCACUCCUCGCGGCGCUCGCGGUCGCGGCGACGCUCACGCUCGCGGUCUCGUGCCUUGGUGUAAAGCUGAAGAGUUGGGGGAAAAGCCAUCGAGAAGCCCCACGCCUUCGAUCGGUGAAACGAAGCCCUGUGGCAAAGAAGGCUGGAGCACCAGAUCGUUGGUGUGCUGAGCCGCUCUACGUUUGGCAGCUUUCUGUGCCUGAUGCAAGCUCUUCGCCUUCACCCUCCCCGGACCGCGGGGUCUGGCGUGCUCCAGAUCCAGUGUCUGUACAACCCAAGGCCAUGCCAAAGACUGCCUCGGCCCCACCGAAGCCGGCCCCACCAAAGCCGGCCCCACCGAAGCCGGCCCCACCGAAGCCGGCCCCACCGCCAAAGCCGGCGCCGCCACCGAAGCCGGCGCCGCCAGAGAAGAAGCCACCGGCCCGGCCGGCCUCGGCCGCACCGGCCUCUGCCGCGCCCCGCACGCCGCCCAAGAAGGGCGGAGCGCCGAGCGCGAAACCCAGCGCCGCACCAAGUGUUAAGCCAAAUACCAGCAGGCCGCCCGAACCCGCCGCGCCCCCGGCCGCGGCUCCGGAGCGGCCCAACGUCAUUGACACCGAAGACGAGGUCAAGGCCUGGCUUCGGGGCUUGGACUCGGGCCGCGGAGCGCUGGUGUCCUACGGUCCUGUCAUUCUGGAGCAGUUUGGCAGUUUGGCUCCGCUCUCCGCCUGUGUCCUCGGUAAGGAAGGCUCUGCGAUGAGCCGCAUUGAGCCCUCCUUAUGGGAGGUCCUCAACGUGAAAUCCUUGGGACACAGGUUGCUACUGGCCAAAGGAAUCAUUGCCCUGUGA